ACACAACCCGGUAGUAGCGGCAGAUCAGCGGCAGUAAACGUGCUUUCAAAAGUCCUUUUUCACUACUUGCUGCAGUUGAAUUAUUUUGGAUUUCUCUCCCCUCUGACGUCAUGCUUCCCGCACCUGCAGUGUUUCAUUUCCCCUGGGAAGUAAACUCCGGAGAGGUGCAGGAAGGAGAAUCAGUGAGGGUGUUUGGCAGACUUGUCUGCUAUCAGCCUGAGGAGUCCAGGGCGACGCUGUCAGCUCAGCAUGCUUCAAAAGAGCACCGCGUGGCAGUCCACACUCUGUUUGUGGAGCCUUUUAACCCAAUCAUUGGGGCCCAGUAUUUAGUUCUGGGUGAGAUUGAAAAGGCAGAGGGGGUUGGUGCAGUGAUCCGUGCUCGUGUGCUGAACUGCGUUGACGGAGUCAACGUUGCCCUUCUACAGAACGCCAUCAACGAGCAAAGGAGCUUCUUCAUUGAGAGGGAGCAAACCAGCGACGAUGCACAUGCAACCUGAACAGGCGGCCCGAUGAGCAUCGAGCCUGCAGCCGUGUCUCUGCGGCUGUUUGCAAUGGAGGGAUGUGUGAACUCAAGUGAACUUGAAGAGCGUUUGGUUGACUACGUUGUGUAUCUCUGAUUUGAAAGUUAUAGCUGAGUAUGACCAGUUCUAACAUUGUCAAUGUCAUUUUUGGUCCCAUAUCAUUCAAAAACGCUUUAAAAGGGAACAAAAGUACUGUAUGGGCCACUUGCUUUUUAUGAACACUACACUAUGGGAAUAUGGAUUGAAAUGCAACCCUUUUGAGUUAUUUGUACGUUGUAGAUCUAUUACAUCCCCUAUUGGAUACGGCAUGCAUACUGCAUACUGGUUCUAACCAUAUUAAUUAAAAUGAAAUAUUCUAUGCCUGUAUCCAAUACAAGUAACGGCCACAAAAUGAAUAAACACCAAUGCGUGUUU